GAGUUUUGGUCUGAGCUGACGUGGAAGAACAAGGCUUAGUGUGCAGUACAACCUCAUUCUCACUGCGUCAAUAUGGCAGAAGAGGGCAAAGACAGCCCAAAAGACCCGGUGCUUGCGUUUGAGAAAGUCGAAGCACGACUGUUAAAGUGUCACUACGGCUAUCUCAUUGAGAAAACAAAGAGAUGGGGCGGGAACCCCACAGGACGGUUGACUUGGGCACCCCUUACGGAGAAAAACAAGAGCAAAGCGCUUUUGUGGGUGUACACUUUCAAAACAACUUCACCUGAAGACGGGACCUUUGUUGUACUGGAGUUUGUACGGUCAGGAAAGUUCAUCAUCGGUCCAGAGUAUCCAGACGCUAAGGUGAUUCUGAAGAAAGGAGGCUUUACGCCGAAAAGCCCCGUACACAUCAAGAAAGAUACGGACCCACGACUGUUAAUGAUGAGAGGGUCCAUUGGCGGUGGUACGGCAGAUGUUGUGUUCGAAGCGUACGAAAGUGAUGACACAAAGUACGUUGUCACCCUGUACAACAACCGAAAUAAAGCAGCUAGAGUCCUGCCUGAAGGAGGUGCAAAUUCGGAUGGGCAGACGGUACAACUUCAUGACCCUGAACUUCAACAUACCGACGAUGACAACGAUUUUCUGGAGGUUGUGCCGUAAUCGUCUACGCCAAAGGGUACUGACGAACAGCUUAAUCCAGUUGUUCUCUAAAUACAAGGCGUAUUUCAUACAUAAACAAGAACUAAAACCCUUUCAUAAGGGGGAAAAGCCUCCUUUGCUCUAAAAAGGAGCAUGACAUAA